AUGAAGGCCAUUUUCUUUGUUCUUUUCGCUGUUGCCCUUAGUGUCAACUUGCGUAAUUCCGAGUUUACUAGCUACAUGAGCAAGUAUGGAAAGACCUAUGCUGCUCCUGAGGAAGCCAGAUACCGUCUGCGCGUCUUCAACGACAACCUCCUUAAGAUCAAGGAGCACAAUGCUAAGAACCUCCCCUGGACCCUUGGUGUGAACAAGUUUGCUGAUGUGAGUGCUGAGGAGUUCGCUUACAAGUUCUGCGGAUGCGCUAAGGAUCCCAAGACCCGUGGUACCCGCCAGACUACUCUUGUUGGUGAUGUGCCUGCUCGCGUCGACUGGAGAGAACAGGGAGCUGUUACCCCCGUCAAGAACCAGGGAAUGUGCGGAUCCUGCUGGGCUUUCUCUACUACUGGAACCACUGAGGGAGCUUACUUCCUGAAGACCGGCAACCUCGUCUCUCUCUCUGAGCAGCAGCUGGUUGAUUGCGCUCGUGAUCCUGAGUACGAGAACUUCGGUUGCAGCGGAGGCUGGCCUUGGAGCGCUGUCGAUUACGUGACCAAGCACGGUCUGUGCACUGAGGAGGAUUAUCCUUACAAGGGUGUGGAUGCUGAGUGCAAGGAGUCUUCUUGCAAGGUUGCUGUGCAGUCUGUGGACAAGGUGCAGCUGCCUGUUGGUGAUGAGGAUUCUCUGGCUGUUGCUGUGUCGAAGACCCCCGUGUCCAUUGUGCUCGAUGCUACUGCCAUGCAGCUCUACGACAAGGGUAUUAUCACCAGAUGCUCUGAGUCCAUCAACCACGCUGUGCUGGCUGUGGGUUAUGAUAAGGAUGCUGAGACUGGUCUGAAGUACUGGAUCAUCAAGAACUCCUGGGGUGCUGACUGGGGUGAAGAGGGUUACUGCCGUAUUGAGAAGGAUGUGGGCGGAAUGGGUCGCUGCGCUCUUACUUACAGCUCUGUCUAUCCCGUCUUCUAAGUGA